AUGGUGCCGCGAGGAUUAACCCUCGGCAGGACGACGACACGGGAGUCGGAGCCGGAGCAGCUACGUUUUUACGACUCUCCGCCGCCACGGAUGGACGCGAGCGUGUGCUGUCUGCCCGCCGGUGCCGCGGCCACCACGGGGGUUACGCAGCACCCUCAUCCGGCGUCUCUGCCCGGUUUACCGUCCGCCGUCGGCGUCCAGCCGCCGACGAUCCAGCCGUCCUACGCCGCUCAGUACGCCGCCGACCAGAUAGUGCCCGAUCGGGCCCAACCCGACGGACCCCUCGGGUCGACGGUACUCGGAUGCAACGCACAGGACACCUGGCAGCAGAUCUCGUCGACGACGUCUACCGGGAUCACCGGGGCUGUCACCGCCACCACCACCGCCUACAUCGACUACUCGUGGCUACAGAUGCAGCAGACGUCGGACCUGGACACUUUGCUGUGCAGGCAGGAUCUCGAUCGUCUACAGAGGCUGGACGAGGAUGAAUCGGACGCGAGAGACGCGCGGGAACCGUCCGUGCACAUGGAGGACUUCUUCGAGGUCGGCGGACCUACGGCGGUGUGCCGACCACCGCAGGCCAGUUUCGUUUCGUCCAGGAGUCAGCCGGCAGGAGCCGGUCAGGACGACGAUGUCUUCCUCAGGCCGCCGCUCUGGGAGGAUAUCACGUCGAGUAUCCAAAAGUUGGAUCCGGAAAACGCGGACAUGUUGGGCUCGCAGUCUCACAUUAAAAUGGAGACUGACGAUGUGACACCGCCGCCAGUUCUCUCCCCGGUGGAGAUCAAGACGGAACCGUUACCGCCACCGCCGACCUUGCAUCUCCUCGAGGGACCGGCCACAAACCCCUCGCAGAAUCCCUUUCCAAAUCCCUCUAGUGUUCAGCACGUCGUACACCAUCGGACAACGACGACGACUACGGCGGCGACAACGGCGGCGCUCUUCAAGAGCUUUUCCAACGGCAACAACAAUAAUAAUAAUAAUAAUAACAACAGCAGGACUGUUAAUAGUAAUAACACGAGCGGGAACAAUACCGGUAGCAAUAACGAUAGCGGUAACGGCGCCAACAGCAACAACAACAGCAACAACGGCGGUAGCAAUAGUGAUUCGUCAACGAGCAGUCAUCAUCAGCCGAGCGGCAACGCGACAUCGCCGCUCUAUGGCCCGAUGACGAGGUUGAUGUAUAUUUCGCCGCUGACGCCACCGAUCUCCGAUCCCAGCUCACCCAUCGGCGCCGGUCCACCUAGGCGGACACCGCCACCCCCGUAUCCCCAGCCGGGUCCGAUCUUGAAUCCGGCCCAUAGGAUCCAACCGUCGUCGAUGACGUCCAAGUUCAACAGGCGAAAUAACCCGGAGUUGGAAAAGCGCCGGGUUCACCACUGCGACUUCAUAGGUUGUACGAAAGUCUACACAAAGAGUUCGCACCUGAAGGCCCAUCAGCGGAUACACACGGGCGAGAAACCGUAUCAGUGUCAAUGGCCGGAAUGCGAGUGGCGAUUCGCCAGGAGCGACGAAUUGACGCGGCAUUACCGCAAGCACACCGGGGCUAAGCCCUUUAAAUGCGCGGUCUGCGAGCGCUCCUUCGCCAGGAGCGAUCAUCUCGCGCUGCACAUGAAGCGGCACCUCCCGAAGCAGCACACCAAGUGAAGAGAGUAGGAGAGUAUAUGGACAGAGAAAAAGACAGAGAGA